AUGUCGUCCCUACCAUUCACCAAGCUCGCGGCCGAGGCUGAGCUGGCCAUCCUCUCUGUCCUCCGCGGAUGCUACUUGACAAAGAACGUUCAAGACACUCUCGUGUCCAAGGACACGGUUAUCAAGAAGGACAAGUCGCCUGUCACUGUCGCCGACCUGUCGGCACAGGCCCUCAUCAGCCUGCACCUCCUCGACCAUUUCCCUGCCGACAAGAUUAUCGGGGAGGAGGACACGUCCGAGUUGCGCGCGAACGCUCCUCUGCGCAACAAAGUUGUCGGUCUCGUUAAUGGCGGGUUCACCCGCGAGGCGGGGUGGGGGGAGGGCAAGACUUUCUCCGAGGACGAGAUCCUCGCGGCUGUCGAUGCUGGGUCUGCGACUGGUGGACCAAAGGGCCGGUUCUGGACGAUCGACCCCGUCGACGGUACGAGCGGGUUUAUCCGCCACCAGCAGUUUGCUGUUUGUCUCGCCUUGAUUGUUGAUGGGGCCGUCGAGCUCGGCGUUAUCGGGUGCCCUAAUCUUGGUCCGGAGCCGGCUGCCAUUGGCGAGGAGGUCGUGCCGAACGGCAAGGGUGUUUUGAUGGUCGCUGUGCGCGGUGAGGGCUCUUGGUCUCGCCCCCUCGACAAGGCAGAGUACACCAAGCUCAAGCUUCCCGCCACGCCGCCCGAGUCCAACCCCCUGACUUUCCUCGAGUCCGUCGAGGCCGGCCACUCUGCCCACGGGAUCCAGCAGCGUAUUGGCCAGUUGCUGGGUGUUCAGCGUCCCAGUCUCCGCAUGGACAGCCAGGCAAAGUAUGCGUGUCUGGCCCGCGGCGAGGGUGGCGUAUACCUCCGCAUCCCGACCAAGUACUCUGGCGGCAAGGAGUAUCGCGAGAAGAUCUGGGACCAUGCCUCGGGCGCGCUCCUCAUCGAAGAGUCGGGUGGCGUGUGUACCGACAUGUGGGGCCGGCCUCUCGACUUUAGCCAGGGCCGCACGCUCUCUGACAACGAGGGUAUCGUGGCGGCUGGCAAGGACAUGCACGCACGCGCGGUCGAGGCCGUCAAGCAGGCUGUUGAGGAGGCACUCAAGGCCAAGGUGUAA